ACGAAUAGAAUAGAUAUGUAAACAGUGGUGGCUAUGUGAAUGUCGAAACCAGAUUCUGUGUAACGUUUCUCGAUUUUGUUGCUUUAAAAGGGAACAAUAUUAAUUUCAUCGUAUCUGAAUCCUUGGAUGAUUUGGGUUUUAGGUAAGAUGUUCCUCCAUAGCAGUUUGAGAGAUGGAUUAUCGUUAUCUCUUGGUGUCAUCAGUGUUAUUAGCUGGGGUGUUGCCGAGAUACCUCAGAUUAUGACUAAUUACAGUGAGAAAUCCACUGAAGGUCUCUCUAUUGCCUUCUUAACAACAUGGAUGAUUGGGGAUAUCUUCAAUCUUCUUGGAUGCUUAAUGGAACCAGCUACUCUUCCAACACAAUUCUACAUGGCACUGUUGUAUACAGUGACUACAUCGAUUCUCUAUGCUCAGUCUAUAUAUUAUGGCCACAUCUACCCGCGGUUGAAAAACAGAAGGAAUCAGAUGGUUGAUGCAGAACGUAUAUCAAACAUAAGCAGUGAUGCGAAAAUUCCGAGCAGAUGGAGGAAUAGGUGCUCUGAUGCUGCUCCUGGUGGCGAUCAAACCACACCUAUCACUAUGAUUCCUGGGAGUCAUCGGAGUAGUUUUACCGGAAGAGAACUUUUUUACACGUCGGCAAGAUCUCUGUCGAGCAGUCAUACACCACCAGCUGGAUCUGUCUUAGCUCAGAGAUUGGCUCGUGGUCAAAGCGAACCAACUCUUGAAGAACCCUUGCUUCCCGAGGAUGUCACGCCUCCUUCAUUGCCUCCUUCCACCAAAUCAUUGCUAUGCGUGGUCUCUCUGUUCCUGUUUCUUGGAACGUUCAACCUUCCUAAUCUGCUAAGUGAAUCAAGAACUAUGGCUUUGGGAGAGAGAGAUCGGGUAUUUGUGGUUCGAGCAGCAAGAAAGCUUUUACAGGUCACUAGCGGCAACUUAGCAGAAAAUAACGGUGGAGAAAACAGCAAAAUUGGAAUGUUUUUGGGUUGGGCAAUGGCAGCCAUUUACUUGGGUGGAAGGCUUCCCCAAAUAUGUCUCAAUAUGAGGAGAGGACAUGUUGAGGGAUUGAAUCCAUUGAUGUUCUUCUUUGCACUAGUUGGCAAUAUGACUUAUGUUGCAAGCAUACUUGUAAAAAGCGUCGAAUGGUUAAAGCUUGCACCGAAUCUACCAUGGCUUGUUGAUGCAGGAGGAUGUGUUGUGCUUGAUUUUCUUAUUCUGCUUCAGUUUUUCCACUUCCGUUGUCGUAAAGACAAAGAUUCUGACAAGAAGAAGCAUGAAACCGCAGAAGCUGUCUAAGGCUUGGCUACUCCAACAACAAGGCCUCGAACAGAUACAGUUUUGAUCUGAUCUGACCAGCUAGAUUCAUCUCAUUCUAUUUAUUUCUUCUUGCUUUAUAAAGGGAUCGAGUGUAUGAAGAAUAUUCGUUAUGUUUUUUUAAUAAUAGUUUGAUAUGUACAAAAGUACAUAAAAACAUCUAAAGCAUAAUUCGUUU